AAAGGGAUCUCAUCAAUCGCACUGGAAGAUGAUUCAGACCUGACUGGGAGCCACACGUUUUUCCGUCGAGGGAAGCCCAGAGGUCUUCUCCUACCGAUGCUCCAAGAGAACGGCGAGCGCAAGACCAGUCCUCAUAUGGAGCACGCUACAGGCCAUCUCUCUGCUGUCUCAGACACCAAGAUGAAGUUUGAAGAUGUCCUCGCUGAAUUGGAUGACUUUGGAGGGUAUCAGAUGAUGAUGAUCGCCUUGCUGUUCAUCCCUCGGAUUGCCCUCCCCUGCCACUUCCUCCUGAAUAACUUCAUGGCGGCUGAACCGGAUCACCACUGUGACAUCGGCGGUCUGGAUGAUGGGGAAGUGUUUAGGAAUCUGACCCAGGAUCAGCGGCUGAAGGUCAGUAUCCCAGCACAGGAAGACGGCACUCUGAGUUCCUGUAAGAUGUUCACGGAGCCUCAGUUCCACCUGCUGCUCAACUCUUCCAACACUACUGAGAUAACUGCAGUACCAUGUCAACGUGGAUGGGUGUACGACAAAAGCACCUUUGCUUCAACUAUAGCAACGGAGUGGGACCUGGUCUGCGACAUGAAAGGGAUGAACAAGGCCACCGCCACCUUCUUCUUUAUUGGCGUGAUGUUUGGGGCUGUGUUGUUCGGCGCUCUUUCGGACAGAUUCGGCCGUAAGUCCAUGCUCCUGCUGUCCUAUGUGUUGUCGAUCUCCUUUGGAUUCGCCAGUGCCUUUUCAAAGUCCUACCUCAUGUUCAGCAUCCUGAGGUUUUUCACAGGACUGGGACUCACUGGGAUAAGCAUCAUCACGUAUGUCCUCAGCAUCGAGUGGGUUGGUAUAGAGAACAGGGCAUUCAUUGGAGUUUUGGGCAGCAUGUCCUGGUCUUUGGGUAACAUGCUGUUGGCGGGCUUUGCCUAUCUUGUGAAUGAAUGGAGAUUCCUGGUCAUUGUAAUCACUUCACCUCUGGGUCUAGCAGUGCUCACUUGGUGGUGGCUCCCGGAGUCAGCCCGCUGGUUGUUAGUCAAUGGGAAGGUAAAGAGAGCCCACAGAUACUUGAUGAAAUGUGGCUCGUUUAAUAAUAAAACGGAGUCUGCAUCUAAAAUCAAGUUACAGACUCUGGCCAAUAUUGUGACGGUUGAUGACCAAAAUAAGAAGUACACCUACCUGGACCUGGUGAGAACGGCAAACAUGAGGAAACGCGUUGCUCUCACGGGUAUCCUGUGGUGCGGUGUUGCCACCACUUACUAUGGCAUAAGCUUGGACAUCACCAGUUUUGGUCUGAACAUCUAUCUGACCCAUUUCAUCUACGCUGUGAUUGAAGUCCCUGCCAAAAUACUUGUCUAUCUCAGCCUGAACAAGAUCGGACGAAGGAAGACUCAAGUAGGCACACUAAUCUUGACAGGAGUGUGCAUUGCGAUAAACAUUAUUGUUCCCAAAGAUAUGUGGUAUUUCCGUACGACCGUCGCUGUGCUUGGGAAAGGCAUGUCUGAAGCCUCCUUCACCGCGGUCUUCCUGUACACAACCGAACUGUACCCCACUGUCGUCAGACAAAACGGCUUGGGGUUCUGCAGCUUUGCAGCUCGUCUGGGCGUGUCCGUCGCUCCUUUGAUCAUUCUAUUGGAGGAUGUGUGGAAGCUCCUCCCUCAGGUCAUUAUUUGCUCAGUUUCCAUUACCACUGGGCUGCUGGCUUUACUGCUGCCAGAAACUCACAAUGAGCUCCUGCCAGAGACCAUAGAGGAUGUCGAACAAACGAGGAAAAGUUCAAUCAGUCCAUCAGCCCAAGAAAAGAGUGACAGUCCUCUCAAGCCACUAACCAACAAUGUGAUUGAAAAAUGCUAAAUUAACCGGAUCCCUCCGGUGACUGCUUUCAGUUUGUUCAGGACACUAAACUAUCUGGAAGCACAAGCAAAUGGCCAGAAGGACACACGUGAGACUUUAAACAGUUGAAUUUACUGUGUAUUUGCUUAAGUUUAUUGAAGCAUCCUCCCAUCCCAUCCUGUCACAGUAGAAUGUGUCGGCCAUUUUGGAACCAAUAAAAACAAUUGGAAUGUUUCUUGCAAUUGGAACAAUUGGAAUGUUUCCUGCAUUGCAUGAAACAUUAUUAAAAGGUUUCACUUGCUGUAAUUGGUUCUUCACAAGGUAAGGAUUGUGGGCAGCCUGUAGCUUAAUAACUAAGGUACAUGGGACAAGGUCCCAUGCGAUAAACUCCGUACACCUGUUGGGGCCUUGAGCAAGGCCCUUAAGCCCACUUUGCUCCAGGGGGAUUGUCUCUUGCUUAGUCUAGUCAAAUGUAAGUUGAUUUGGAUAAAAGCAGAUAUCUAAAAAAGGAUAAAGCACACUAUAGUUAGACUGACAAAUCUCCAAAGAAAUGUUGUUAUCUGUGACUUGCAGGAAGCACCAUGUAAUCUGUAAUGAUUUACUGUAAACCAUGUUAUUUUCUGUAAAUCAUGUUGUGAAGGCUGAUUUCACAACCUCCUGCUUGGUUAAGUGAUGUUUGUUCACUUUAACAGGGACACUGCGGCCCAGAUGUCAUAUCGCAUUCCAGUAACAUGUCAGAGUAGGUGGUCGGAACGCCCAAGGAAAUAAAUCACAUUUUACUGUCAAUGCAAUAUUGUGCAUAUGGCAUGCAGAAUAAAGAGGUGUUGUAUUUUUGAAAACUUUCAAGAUAGGCAGGGUUUGGUGGUCAAUUCCUUUACAAUUCAGGAAAUUAAUUUAAAAUUGGUCGAAAAAUCCCGCUAGAACGUUUGGGGAAUCCUUCAGUCCACACUUACAUUUUAGAUUAACCCAAUAUUCACGAGCCAGCCAUUUCAGUUCCCUUUCAAAUGCAGUACCAUAUGAAAUAUAUUCUUCAACCCUUUGAAGACUAGGCUAGCUUUUUUUGACAUUUUGUCACUUUCAAGAUUCUAAAUCCGUAUCUUAGAAAAGGGUUAAUUAUUUGGAUUGACUGUAGAAGCUAGAGCAUGUUGAAUGCUCAGACAAGAGCAAUUACAAAUGCAGUGGAAAUUGGCAUUGAAGCCAAUUUUGAGAUUUAAGUAUUAAGAUGUAUUAGUGUAUUGAAAGUGCAAUUUAGAAGGGACUGAUGUGAAUGUAAUUUAUUAGGUAGACCUGCUUGUACCAGAAUAUACAAUAUUAUACAAAUAAUAUACAAUUUUAUGGAGCUUUCUGACUGGGGCAAAAUGUUGCUCCAGUCCAUACUGCCAUGUAUUAUCUUCUCCUGAAUAUACACUCAGUGAGCACUUUAUUUGGUGUUUAUUAUACUUAUUUUUUCGACUUAAGUCUUCUGCAGCUGUAGCCUAACCACUGGUUAUUUGCAUUACUGUCACCUUUCCUGUCAGGUUCGACCAGUCUGAUCCUUCACCUCUAACCUCUCUCAUUAAAAAGGCGUUUCUGCUCACAGAACUGCUGCUCAUUGGGUGUUUUUUUGUUUUUUCGGCAAACUUUAGACAUUGUUGUGCAUGAAAUCUCAGCUGUUUCUGAGAUACUCAAGCAACCCUGUCUGGCACCAACAAUUAUCCACUUAGAUUUGAUCACUUAGAUCAAAUUUCUUCCCCAUUCUGACAUUUGGUCUGAAAAACAACUGAACCACUUGAUGACAUCUGCAUGCCUUUAUGCAUUUGCUGCCACAUGAUUGGCUGAAUAAAUAUUUGGCAUUAACAAGCUGGUGUACAGGUGUACCUAAUAAAGUGCUCACUGAUUGUGUGUAUAUAUAUUGUUUUUGUUAGUAAAAACAAAUUGAUGUGGAUUUAUGAAGGUUUUUGAAUAAAAGAAUUAUCGUAAAA